AUGGCGGCGAUGGAUGAUGAUUUUGGAAAUUGUUUUUGUACUAGUAGUAGUAGUAGCAGUAGUAGUACUAGUAGUAGUAGUAGCAGUAGUAGUGUUAGUAGUAAUAGUAGUAGUAGCAGUAGUAGUACUAGUAGUAGUAGUAGGAGUAUCAGUGGCAGUACUAGUAGUAGUAGUAGUAUUAGUAGUAAUAGUAGUAGGAGCAGUCGUAGAACUAGUAGUAGUGGUAGUAGUAGUAGUAGCAGUAAUAGUAUUAGUAGUAAUUGUAGUUGUAGCAGUAGUAGUACUAAUAGUAGUAGUAGUAGUAGUAGUAGUAGUAAUAGUAGCAGUAGUAUCCUUAUCAACCACCCCAACUAA